AGAGUGUGCGGCAAUGGUUGGUCCUAGACAAAUGAUGGCAAAUCAGAUGAAAUUGUUACGAAAUUUGUGGGCAAGAUCUAGAUUCAUGAAAGAUGUAAUGGCUUAUCAUUCAUUCCCUCUUGUAAAAACGGAGAGAAUAAAGUUAAUAGGAGUCCCUGAAAGAUGGGUAUCAAGCACAAGUGUAAUUAUGAAAGAAUUGAGUUUAGAAGGAAGCAGAGGAUUGAAUUUAAAAUUGGAACAGACUCCAAUUAAUGAAGUGUCAAAGAGUCAUAGUGAUACUGCAAAAGAAAGGAUAACAUCAAUACAGAACACUUUUGCAACUCUGACAAUGAAGCUAGAACGUCUCGGCUGUAUAAAUGCUAAAGAUAUAUUGCGAGCCAUAAAAGUCUUUGAGAGCUGUGCUGAAGACAUUACUAGUAAAGAUUAUCAAAAGCUCUUGCAAAUGACGCUCAGGAUGGUAGAAGAAGAAUAUCGGUCUUGUUCCAGCCAUGUACAAAGAAUAUGGAAGCUCACAGAGGGUAGAGGUGACCUUAUCAGCGAGGAACAUAUCGAGUUGUACUUAAGGAUGUGUUACCUAGCUGAAGUUCCUGUUAACCCUUGGGACGUCCUUAGUCAACUAAAAAUGCUGAAGUUGGAGCCAAACCGUGAAGUGCUAGAGCUUUUUAUGCUGCUCUUUGGAUGGCAGGGAGACUUAGGGGGAGCAACCAGCACCCUGGCCGUCAUGAAGGAGCGAGACAUUCCCAUCACUGAGACCACAUUUACCUCUCUCAUUGUGGCCCAUGGAGUCAAUAAGGAUCCACAGGGUAUUCAGUCUGUCUUGGAUACAAUGAGGAGUGUGCAGAUGUCACCCACCAGGAUCACAUAUGAAGCACUCAUGACAGCCUAUGCCCUUUCUGGCUUGAUCUCGGAGGUGAAGCGCACAGCUAGACAGAUGAGACAGGAAAAAAUAAAUCUGUCUCAGAGCCAGCUAUCAGCUGUACUUCUUAGCAUUAUCAAGAGUGACCAAGCUGGGACAGGAUUUGAAAACAUAGAUUAUAUUGUAGAAAUGAUGGAGGAAGCUGAAGGCAAGAUGGAUUUGUCUAGACUUAUGCUACAGUGUAUCCAUUCUGGUUAUGUGAGGGAAGCUGUUCAUCUUUUGCCCAAGCAGCCUCUGAUAAGACAGAACAACCACUUGUAUACUAAUGCAAUGGUUUAUUUGCGAGAAAUGGUUCAUGCCAGAGUUGAACCAGACUUAUUGGUGGAAAUGUGUAAUGAUAUACGAAGUCAAGAAAUAAACCAGUACUCCCUAGAAGUUGCUCUGGAAUGUGCUCUGGGAGAACACCGAGAGGAGUUGGCCUGGGCACUGAUCAGAGCUCUGAAAACUGUGGGGAAUCCCGUGAGACAGCAUUAUUUCUGGCCUCUUCUUCAUUACAAUGCUCUUACUAGCAAUUCUUCAAAGUUGCUUGGGUGUGUCAAAGAAAUGGUGAAAUUGGAUAUUACACCAGACCUGGAGACUCUUCGUGAUCACGUGAUACCAGGUCUCAUUAUUAACCACCCUAUGUUAACGCUAGAAAUGCUUCAAGGAGCUGGCUUAACAAUCUCUCAGGCAGCCACACCUAUACUCAUUAUCCUCAUUCAGAAUAAGAUGUUAGACCAGUGUUUUGAGUUUGUUAGAGAAGUGAAGCUGUUAUCCCUGCGAGACAUCAUUGCCCCGUUGGCAUCAAUCUGGGCAGUCAGUCCUCAAAGGGUUAUAUCUCUUUUGGGCAUCCUAAUAGAUAUGAAUAGAGCAACUCUUAAUGAGGGAGAGCUGGAGCCAGAUUGGGGUGGGCAGUUUGUCUUAGACUUGUUGAAUUCAAGAGCUGGGCUGAGUGUCAGUCAGAUUCGCCCUCUAUUUGGGGAAUUACACAAGCACAAGAUCAAGAUUUCUGAAAGUGCAAUGGAUAUUUUGAUGACCAGGGCCAACAAGGUAAUCCAGCAAGCCAUUCGGGACAAUGUCAAACUUGUUUUUGAUCCUUCUAUAGGGCAGCCACCGAAGGAAGAAGAGUACAACCUCCUUCCGCAUCCUAACAAAAUGAAUGUAGAGGAACUGGAGUGUCAUCUUGUGGAGUUGCGUGCCAAAGGCCUGAAUUCAAGAGGAACUUUGCGAAGACUGCUCCUCAUGCAUGCUUCGAAUAACAAUACUCAACGUGUUCUUGCACUCAUUAAGGAAGCAGAAGCAGAUGAAUUUAGUCUCAGUGGUGGCAUGAUGUCCAGUAUCAUGACUACUUUGGCUGACAAUGGUAAUGCAGACAGUGCUUUGGCUGUGUAUAAUGAACUGCAAACAAAAUACCCCUCGUUUAACGUGGACGCUUAUAAGGUUAUUGAUUUGUGCACACUCUUAGUGAAAAAGAAGAGAACAGAAGAUGCAGUUGAUAUCCUGAAUAAAUAUCUAGAAGACUCUUCAAAACCACAUGCUAAAAAGGCUAUCAAAAGAAAUUGCUGGAAUCUUUUAACGGCAGCAGCAGAAAAUCAGGAUCAUAAAUUUACAAAAAAGAUAUUUGAUAUUCUUCAGACAAAUAAUGUAAUAGAUAUAGAUACAGUUAUAGCAGGACCAUUGAUAAAAGCAAGACUUAAUAGUGGUGAUUUGGCAGGGGCAGUCAAAGAGGCUGAAUCAGUCUUUAAACAGUACAAGUGUUUACCGAUGAGAAUUGAAAUUCUCGUCCAGUUGAUUCUCCAUUCAAAGCAAGGUGGUACAAGCUCGAAGGAACAUGAGAAACUUCUGCAGUUCAUGUUGGACAUAAUUGUCUUAUCAAGGGGUUCUCUUCAAGCUCACCAUGACCUGCUGUUUGCUUGUUUGGAAGCUGGACAACCAUCUGAUGCUAAGAAAGUGCUACAGAACAUGGGUAGAAAUGUGGACAUGAGAUUAGUGGAACGCCAAUGUGACAGAUAUGCCAAGACAGAAAAGGAUGAACCUCUUUUGCAUUUCCUUACGGCAUGUCGAGGAACUAAUACCAUUGACCAGUACAAAAUCUACAAAGCUCUCCUCAAUCUGUACUACAAACAGAGUGCAGGUGAAAAGGGCCUCUUUUUGUGGACCAUGAUGCAGGAAGACGAAGUGACGCCAACUCCCUCUUUCCUGUCCACUCUUGCAUCGCUUCUCGCUGCCAGUAAUAUCAAGAUUCCCUUCACCGUUCAAUAAGGAUUUUACGUUAUUAUCAUGAUUUUUUUUUUAAUUAUUAUUAUUGUUAUUAUUAUUAUUAUUAUUA